UCAGAACUGAGGCGGCGUUUGUUUUCAUGUUUUGCUAAAUUGCUAGUGAUAUCAGUAAUUUCUAAAAAAAACUUGGUUAUAUCCGCUAAGAAUGGACGGAGACUUGUACGAUGAGUUUGGUAAUUACAUCGGCCCUGACCUCGAGUCGGACUCCGAGGACGAGCAGAGUGUUUACGGUCAGGACAACCGGGAUGCGGACGAGGACGCUAUGGAGGAAGAUGAGGAUGUAGACGCGGAGCCUGAGGCUGCUCCCAUGUCUGUUGUGCUACACGAAGAUAAAAGAUACUAUCCUCAAGCUAUAGAAGUCUAUGGUCCUGAUGUAGAGACUGUUGUUCAAGAAGAAGAUACCCAGGCUUUGGACAAGCCUCUGAUAGAGCCCGUGAAGAACAAGAAGUUCCAAAUGCAGGAACAGGAGUUACCGGAAACAACAUACGACAUGGAGUACUUGGCUGAUAUGCUAGAUAAUACUGAGCUUAUGAGAAAUGUCACUUUGAUGGGACACUUACAUAAUGGCAAAACAUCCUUUGUGGAUUGUUUAAUCAGACAGACACAUCCGGGAACAAUUAAUAAUGAAACAACGAUUCCUAUGAGGUACACGGACACUUUGUUUGUGGAACAGGAGAGGGGAGUCUCCAUCAAGUCGAUGCCUGUGACCCUACUGCUUAAGGAUAUAAAAGGAAAAUCACACUUGUUGAACAUCAUGGACACUCCUGGACAUGUCAACUUCAGUGACGAAGUAACUGCUGCUUUGAGAAUAUCAGAUGGUGCAGUGCUGUUUGUGGAUGCAGCAGAAGGUAUAAUGUUGAACACAGAAAGAAUGCUUCGCCAUGCAGUUCAGGAGAGAGUGCCACUGACUCUAUGUAUCAACAAAAUUGACAGACUGAUACUGGAACUCAAGCUGCCGCCUGCAGACGCUUACUAUAAGUUGCGUCACAUCAUUGAUGAGCUGAAUUCGAUGUUGGAGACAAAUCAGCCGCAAGACAAUCCUGACGAACCUGCUACAGUGUUCUCACCAUUGCUAGGCAACGUAUGCUUCGCGUCAUCUCUCUACGACGUAUGUUUCACACUCGAGUCGUUCGCUGCGAUGUACGCGGCGAGCGCGCGGGGCGAGGGGGCGGGGCUGCGAGCCUCUGACAUGGCCGCCUGGCUGUGGGGCGACGUGUACUUCAACGCCAAGACCAGAAGGUUCUCCAAGAAGCAGCCCCACGCCUCCGCCCAGAGAAGCUUCGUCGAGUUCAUACUGGAGCCACUUUAUAAGAUCUUUGCACAGGUGGUGGGCGACGUUGACAACACGCUGCCCGCUGUGCUGUCGGAGCUGGGCAUCCGCCUCACCAAGCAGGAGGCCAAGCUCAACGUGCGCCCGCUGCUGCGCCUCGUCUGCAGCCGCUUCUUCGGGGACUUCUGCGGCUUCGUGGACAUGGUUCGUCGACACGUGCCGUCGCCGCUGUCGGGGGCGGGGCGUAAGGCGGCGCACGCGCUGCGCGGCGCCGGCGGGGAGCUGCACGAGCGCGCGCGCGCCGCCGACCCCAACGCGCCGCUGCUAGCGCACACCACUAAGAUGUAUCCGACAGAUGAUUGCAGCUUCUUCUUGGUGCUGGCGCGGAUAAUGUCGGGCACGCUGUACGCGGGGCAGGCGGUGCGCGUGCUCGGCGAGAACUACAGCGCGCACGACGAGGAGGACUCGCGCGUCAUGACCGUCGGCCGCCUGUGGCUCUACGAGGCGCGGUACAAGGUGGAGCUAAACCGCGUACCGGCUGGUUGCUGGGCGUUGAUAGAAGGUAUCGACCAGCCGAUAGUGAAGACGUGUACGCUGGUGGCGGCGGACGAGCAGCAGCCGCUGUACACCUUCAAGCCGCUGCGGUUCAACACGCAGGCGGUCGUCAAGAUAGCCGUCGAGCCCGUCAACCCGUCUGAGUUGCCUAAGAUGCUGGACGGUUUGAGAAAGGUGAACAAGUCCUAUCCGGCGCUGUGGACGCGCGUGGAGGAGAGCGGCGAGCACGUGGUGCUGGGCACGGGCGAGCUGUACCUCGACUGCGUCAUGCACGACCUGCGCAACAUGUACUCCGAGAUCGACAUCAAGGUGGCGGACCCUGUCGUAUCUUUCUGCGAGACGGUCGUCGAAACAUCUUCACUAAAAUGCUUCGCGGAGACCCCCAACAAGCGGAACAAGCUGACGAUGAUAGCGGAGCCGCUGGAGCGGGGCCUGGCCGAGGACAUCGAGGCCGGCGCCGUCUGCGUCACGUGGGACCGCCGCAGACUUGGCGAGUUCUUCCAGACCAAAUACGACUGGGAUCUUCUGGCGGCGCGUUCUAUCUGGGCGUUCGGUCCGGACGCGACGGGACCCAACAUCUUAGUGGACGACACGCUGCCUUCAGAGGUGGACAAGAACCUGCUAGCUUCCGUCAAGGAUAGUAUAGUACAAGGUUUCCAAUGGGGUACGCGCGAGGGUCCGCUCUGCGAGGAGCCCAUCAGGAACGUGAAAUUCAAGAUCCUGGACGCCGUCAUAGCGCAGGAGCCUCUGCACCGCGGCGGCGGACAGAUCAUACCCACCGCGAGAAGAGUGGCAUAUUCAGCGUUUCUGAUGGCGACUCCGCGGCUGAUGGAGCCCUACCUGUUCGUGGAGGUGCAGGCGCCCGCCGACUGCGUGUCCGCGGUGUACACAGUGCUCGCGAAACGGAGAGGUCACGUGACUCAAGACGCCCCAGUGGCGGGCUCGCCGCUGUACAUAAUCAAGGCGUUCGUGCCCGCCAUCGACUCGUUCGGCUUCGAGACGGACCUGCGCACGCACACGCAGGGCCAAGCCUUCUGCCUGCAGGUGUUCCACCACUGGCAGAUCGUGCCCGGCGACCCCCUUGACAAGACUAUACAUAUACGGCCAUUGGAACCGCAGCCCGCCACACACUUAGCUCGUGAGUUCAUGAUCAAGACUAGAAGACGGAAGGGGCUCAGUGAAGACGUCUCCAUCAAUAAGUUCUUCGACGAUCCUAUGUUGUUGGAGCUUGCGAGACAAGAUGUGCAGUUCAACUGAUGUGUUAUUGUGGUAUGCGUGUGUAUGAAUGUGUAAAAUCGUUUUAACGUAUUUUGUAAUGUAAAUAAAAACUAAAGUGAGUUGUGUU